AUGCAAAAUAGUGAACCCGUCUCCAUUCGCGUCGCCACGCUACCUCUCCCCUCCCCUCCCAUCGCCCUUCCUCUCCCGUCGCCUUUCCUCUCCCGUUGCCCUUCCUCUCCCAUCGCUUUCCUCUCCUGCCGCCCUUCCUUCUCUCUCGUCGCCCUUCUCUCCCGUUGCCCUUCCUCUCCCGUCGCCUUCCUCUCCCGCCGCCCUUCUUUCUCUCCCGCCGCCCUUCCUUCUCUCCCGUCGCCCUUCGCUCCCGUCGCCUUUCUCUCCCGUUGCCCUUUCUACUCUCCCGUCGCCCUUCCUACUCUUCCGUCGCCCUUCCUACUCUCCCGUCGCCUUUCUCUCCCGUCGCCCUUCCUCUCUCCUGUCGCCUAUUCUCUCUCCCGCCGCCCUUCCUUCUUCUCGUCGCCCUUCCUCUCUCCCGUCGCCCUUUCUUUCUCCCGUCUCCUAUCCUCCCUCCCAUCACCCGUCUUCUCUCCCGUCGCCCUGUGA